AUGGCCAUGGUAAUUUUCUGGAACUUCUGAUUCUAACUAUAAUUUUCUGCAGAAAUCGUUGUUUGAACGACUCUCAGAAGCGCGUUCCGUGGCUUCUCAGCAUUCGACGGCGUUUUUUGCCCUUAUUUGGACCUAUGGCAUCGUUGGGUUCACGGUAGGAAUCAGAGAAAAAUUCUGGCUUUUCUGCGCUCUCUCGAUCUCUCGUAAUCAUUUGCUUUUUUCGUGUCUCUUCUGUGAGAGAAAAGAGAGCGCAGACAUGUGAUACUGCUUUAGGUUGCUAUGAAUAGACUUUAGUGAAUUCCGCAAAAUUUAUUCAAAAAAAAGUAGCAAAAUACUACCGUAUACUCACCAUUUUGUACGCGUUUCGCUGUGAGACCUGUAAACGGAAGGUUUAUCGUUCCGUGCCGUGAAACUCCAUUUACAUACCGUAAACAAUAGUUUGUAAGCCUCAAAAAGCCUUUUUUCAGAACACGCUGGUCUCACUCGGCUACUCCCAUGCGACAUGCCUGACCUCGAUCUCACCGACUCAACUUUUCGCCUCACAUUACAUUUUCAACGCGUCUAUAUUUGUCGGCUGCCUGGUCCAUUCCAACGUGACCCGACGGCUUCGAGACCCGUACCAAGUCUUGGCUCUGAGCCAAUUGCUCGCCUCAGUCUCCCUGGUCGGCCUCGGACUCGUCAGCCGCCUCGAGACCUACUCCGUCAUGUUGAGUCUCCUCGGGAUGAGUCUCGGCGUCUCGUUGACCGCCGCCACCGGCACUUUCGUCUCCAUCUUCCACGAGCCCAACUUUUGUCUCAACUACGUUUGAGAUCUUCUUGGUUCAGAUGGAAUGGAAGAAUUCAGACGUUACAUCUCGUCGGAGCUGUUGGAUCCGUCACUGCUUCCAUGUUCUUCCAAUCGACGCCGUCCCCUCAGGAGCAUUGUCAGACGGCUUCACCGAAGUUUUCUCCUUCGGGUCCGCAUAUUCCGAGGUAAAGAGAACAUAUAGCUGAUUCGCGUCUGGCUUGAACCAUCUUGAAAAGGGUCCUGCCACGAAAAGAGAAGAGACAGUGCCUGGUUGUUGGAGAGGGCAGACAGGCCACGCCUUUUUGCGUCCCAAGCUAGCCGUGAAUCGUCUAUAUUUGCUGAUAUACGGAUAGAUGUGCAAUUGACUUAUGCUUUGUCAUGACCUGACGCUCAAGUCGUUUCCGGUCGGGCGCGCCUUGAAGCAUACCUAGCCAGUCAAACCUGUCGCAAAAAUUUGAAGAAUUCCUCUAUCUUUAAAAAAAACUCAUUGGGAAGUUGAUGAACCGUAGUCGCCAAAUCGUCAUCUAUCUUCAAAGCGAAAUAGUUCUUGGUUUUAAGAGAGUUUAGAGAAAUUCAGAUUUUUCAGAAGUUUUCUAACCGCUUCAAUGUGUGUGUGUGUGUGUGUUGUAUGCGGAAAAGUCAAGAAAAGCCAAAUAUUUUAAAUUUCUUCAGAUAUCUGUUUUCAGCUUGGAAAAAUUCCAUCUGAACCCGAGCCUACGAAUAGACUACAUUUACUUCAGUAUCGCCGUAUUUCAGGUUUUCCCGUAGUGUAUUUAUAAUUUUUUCUCUGUUUGAAGAUACCAACAGCGAUGCUUCUCCUAUGGGCGAAAAAUAUCGCUGAAAGAGCGCCAGUUCCGCCACCGCCUAGGGAAGUUGAUGAACCGGCGUCGCCAAACCGUCGAGUUCAGUACGCCGACAUUGAGCCUCCGACUCAUCGAGGUAUCGAUUUUCAGAGCAUCCUCGUGAAAUGAAGUCCGAGAUCCUUCAUUCUUUUCUCUUCGUUUUGAAUCGUAAUUGACCCAGGUCCGUCUCAAAGCAUCGACGUGGCCUGCUUGAAAUUGGUCCUUCUUUGUGCGACUAUUGCCGCCGCCGCCAAUGUUCUGCACGCUCUUUUCCCGUUCGUUAUACUGGCCCAGCCAAACUCUUCAAUCAUCUACUAUCAAAUAUUCUCGGUUCGUUCAUGGUCAGAAUCUGAAAGUGAACCACAGAGUGAUCAAAAAUCAGAAAAUCGGAAUGUAAACUGGGAAGCUUGAUGCUGUCAGACUUUGAGAGCGUUUGCUGGAAGCUGAGUGGCCCCUCUAGGGUUGAGUGGCCUGUCUAGGGAUUUGGGUUUUCAGACCUGUAGUUGUAGAUGAACCACAGACUCAUAGAAGUUCAAAAAAUUGUUUUAUAAGUUGAGAAGCUUGAUCUAAUAGCUGCCAAACUUCGAGAGCGUUUAAAGGAAGUUUAGUGGCCAUUUUAGGGGCUUGGGUUUCUCAGACUUGUAGGUGUAGAUGAACCACAGACACAUAGAAGUUCAAAAAAAAAUGUUUACAUUAAAAUAAUCUCGAAUAUUAUACUCAAAAGGUAAGCUGAUUAUGAAGAAAGUUUGUUGCGUUAAUAACCGAAAGAUCGAUAAUAUCAUAUUUUUCAGCACUUCAAAAUCUUUCAAAUACUCAUUUUUCUAGCACGCAAUUUCAAACCUUCAGAGUAUUUUUUCUCUUUUUAUCCAAAAAGUUUGAAAGAAAAAUUCAAAAAACGGGUUAACCAUGAGAUUAUCCAUGGAGCGUAAUUGACAUUUCUUCGCGCCUUUUCCAGAAGUUCUCGAGUCAUUUUCAGAUCUUCCAAAUGUGGGGCCGAGCGUUGGCGAUUUUCUGCGCCGAUCACAUGGCCCCGUACUUUCUUCUCGGCGUUUCUAUUGUAAAACUAGAAAAAAAAUUGUUCUUCAAAAUAUAAUUUUAAGAUUGGUUGUGGCGUCGCCGGCUGCUGCUUCGUCAUUGAGCAGGCGGUGAUCGGCUCGAUUUUGUACGGUUUCUUCCAGGCUAUUAUUCUCCCUUCGCUGGUACUUUACCUGACAUAUAACCUGUAUCUUAAAGGUAUUUAUUCGAUUUUCCAUGACUGGAAGCGUCGUAAAAUUGAAAAGAAAGACCGCUUCGCGACCGCGAUGCGUUUCACGCAAAAGUCAAUAAAUUGCUACUUUGAAAAGAAAUUCCCAAGAAAACAGUUAUAGCCGAUUCACGGUUAGCUUAAGAUGCUAAGGGGGCGUGGCCUGUCUGCGCUCUCCACCAACAAAGCAUUGUCUCACUUCGUUUCGUGUCAAGAUUCCUUUUCGGUGGCUCAAUUCAGCCGUGGAUCAGCUAAAGCGGUUUUUGAAAUUUUCUAGGGUUCCGAAAAUAAUUUUCGCCGAUAUUUUUGCUCGAUAUUUGAGGUCUUUUUUUGAUUUUUCCUAGGCGCUUCUAGCCUUGGAAAACAAAGAAAAAGCCCAAAUCUAAAAGUCCAUUGACCAGAGAGCAGCGUCUCGUUGUUAAUAUCCGGCCACGGCGCCGGUCACAUCGUAUAUCCGCUCUUCCUGACGUUGGCCUCCUCGGAACAGUCACGUUUUUUCGUCGCCUUCAAUUUGCUCCUCGUUUUGUUGCUCGUUCUGCUUUUCGUUGCCGUCCUCAACCUCCACGCCCAGUUGGAACGAACUCGGGGUGAGGGGUUUUCAGAAAAUCAUUUUAAAAAAAAGGUGAUUUUAUUCGGGAUGCUUAGGAGAAGGUUACAAGGGGAGUGUUUUUGGUGGCCGGUUGAACUUUUGAUUGCUGAAAUGUACUAAUAAUCAUUUUUAUACGCCGAAGACGGUAAACUGAAUCAAAAUGAGAAACUAUGUCAUUUUGAAAAAAAAUGUUGAUCAGUUACCAUAGUUUCUUCCUAGGAAAGUUUUGGCAAAAGAGAAUUUCUUCAAGAAGUGUCGAACCCGGGUCUUAGACACCGCAGCACAAGGACGCUAGCCACUACACCACACUGUCAACUAGAGUAGAGGGCUCGUACGUGAGCCAGAUUCCCUCUUGCCUUGCAGCACCAACUCAGCGUGCAGACUUCCAAGCUUCAUAACUCGAAAACGAGAUCUAUUGCGAGAAAUUUCAUUCGUGUUCUGGAUAGAGGGAGUCUUUUAGUACAUUUCAGCAGUUUCAUGCGAAGUUCUCCAAAAACGCUUCCACUGUCACCAAAACCAAUUGAGUUUCGAUUCCCUUGAUAAUUCGGCUGUCUCAAUUUUCUGUCGACCUUGCUUCAUUUUUCUGAUUUACGUGACUUUUCCUUAUCACAUCGAGCCGGAAUCAAUUGAUGGAAGAGUCUUUAUCAGACUACUUGAGACGUUAAUCAGUCACCUGACACGUUGAGAGAAGAAAGUGAAGAAACUCGUGAGGAAUUAUCAUUAGCGGAUUUAUCCUGUGGUUUAUGAGCAGAUUUUGGAGGAAGAACACGUGUUGAUAGUAGAGGUCUCAAGGCCUUUUCAAUGGAAAUAGUGCGUUUUAGUUCUUGGAUUCAACUUUAUCGGAAAAACAUCGAAAAAAAGCUUCUUUUGAAAUUGAAAAAGUCCACGACUACCUUUUCAACUGUUUUAUGAGUUUUCUGAUCAUUGAAAAAAAUCAAGAUCAUAAUUCGGAUAUUAUCCCCCGAUUUCAGCCUCACAAAGCGGCCUAAACUUGUUCAUCUCGCGGUUUCUGUCAGGUGAAACUCUCCUGAAACGGACCCGCUCCAUAAGGCCGUUGAUCUCACGUCUGAGGCCAAACUCCUAUCGGAGGUUGGUUUUUUUGAACUUCAGCUUUUGAAGCUGGCUCCAACUUACAAGACCACUGAUUGACUGGCCAGAAUGAGCCAAUCGCUGAGAUUGGUAACACUUACAGUAAUGAUCCCUUAAGUGACAGCUGAAGGGGUCACUAAAGAGCUCAGGAACAUCCAGGAGACUCCCGGUAUUUGUUCGGACCACAGUAAUUCAAACCGUACUUUUUUGAGCAAUCUAGUAACCACUUAAGUGUUUUGACGACAUGAAAGUGAUCCCUAGAAAAGGCCAGCAACAUCCACGACACUUCCGGUGUUACCAGUUCCUCGGUAAUUCAAUCCUGACAUCUCUGAGCAUUUCUAGUAAUCACUUAAGUGUUUUGACCUCCCUAAAGUGGCCACUAGAAAUGCUUGAAAACCUCCGGGGCGCUUCCGGUUUGCGUUACCGUGUGUCCCUGGACCUUCCGAACCGGACGUUUCUGAGCAUUUCUAGUAACCCCUUAAGAGUUUUGACGUCACUAAAGGGAUCACUAGGAAGGGUCAGGAACAUCCACGACAUUCCGGUCGGUUUUACCAGUCCUCGGACCACGGUAAUGUAAACCGAACGUUUCUGAGCACUUCAGGAGAGUUUCGACGUCACUGAAGUGAUCUCAAAAAAUGCUCGAAAACCUCCGGGGCGCUUCCGGUUUGCGUUACCGUGUGUCCUUGGACCUUCCGAACCGGACGUUUCUGAGCAUUCCUAGUAACCCCUGAAGAGAUUUGACGUCCCUAAAGUGAUACCUAGAAAUGCUCGGAAACCUCCGGGGCGCUUCCGGGCGGUUUUACCAGUUAUCGGAUCACGGUAGUUCAAACUGGACGUGUCUGACCACUUCUAGAGAGUUUUGACGUCACUAAAGUGAUCCCUAGAGAAAUUCAGAAACAUCCACAACACUUCCGGUGUUGCCAGUUCCUCGGUAGUUCAAACCGGACGUUGCUGAGCAUUUCUAGUAACCACUUAAGAGCUUUUACGUCACUAAAGUGAUCACUAGAAAUAGUCAGAAACAUCCACAACACUUCCGGUGUUGCCAGUUCCUCGGUAGUUCAAACCGGACGUUCCUGAGAACUUCUAGUAACUUUUUAAGAGUUUUCCCGUCACUAAAGUGAUCACUAGAAAUGCUCGAAAACCUCCGGAGCGCGUUUCGGUUCAAAUUUUUCGAGUCACAGACUUUUUUAUCGUCAGAGCGAACUUCAUAAGCUUGAAAAAAUAGAAUUCAAUCACUUUUUUAGGUUUGUCAACCGGCGGAACCGGGCGGCUUCUCCUCUCCCAAAAAUCGAAGUAACCUAUGAAUCGACCUCCACCACAGCCGUGCCCAGUGUCGCUGUAUAA